AUGCAGAACAAGAUCAUCGAGCGCGAUACAACCGACAAGGAGCCCAUGAAAGGCUUGAAUUCGGAAAUUCAGAGCCUGCGACCCUGGAAGCCCCAAAAACAACAGUGGCUAAUUUUUGGCUGUCUGGCCCUCUUAUCUUUUGUUAUAUCCCUCGACACCACUAUCAUCACUCCAGCUCUACCGAUCCUGGAAACUUCCUUGGGUGGUAACACGGUCCAAGCCUUUUGGGCUGGUACCUCAUAUCUCCUCGCGAGUGCGGUCUGCCAACCUUUCAUUGUUGACCUGUCAGAUAUCUUCGGCCGCAGGUUGAUCCUGACCCUGGUGGUGGCGCUUUUUACACUCGGAACCAUCCUCUGCUCUGUAUCUCAAUCCUUUGGCCUUCUCCUCACCGGGCGCUCUCUACAAGGGGUAGGAGGUGGGGGUAUAAUGGCGGGAUGUCUGGUCAUCACGACUGAUAUUGUUCCCUUACGACAGCGGCCCACAUACUAUGCCAUUAUCCAGAUGGCCUGGGCCCUAGGCACUCUCACUGGACCUUUAAUUGGUGGAGUUAUUGCGGAGAACAUUACAUGGCGAUGGAUUUUCUACAUCAAUCUUCCAUUCUGUGCCAUUGGCCUCUUGUUGGUUCCUUUGACAGUGCGGCUCACUGCGGAACGACCGAGUAUUUCAGAGCGUCUGGCUUUGGUUGACUGGAUUGGGGGUUUUCUGUUUAUCUCCAGUCUCUGUGCCUUCCUAGUUGGUAUCACCUCGGGAGGAAACCAGUAUCCAUGGCCUAGUUGGAGGACUUUUGUCCCAAUCAUUGUCGGCUUUCUGGGUCUGAUCGGCUCAUGUCUUUGGGAAACCUUUGGCGCAAAACGGCCUUUCAUACCCAUGACUUUAUUUAACAGUCUCUCGUCAGUCAUCGCGUAUAUUUGUGCAUGUCUGCAAGGAGCAUUAAUGCUUGGCUGUCUUUAUUUCAUCCCGUUAUUUAUGCAGAUAACUAAAGGCAUGGGUGCGAUUCAGAGUGGAUUGGCAUUGAUGAUUAUUUUGGGCAUGUUACUCCCAAGUAGUGCCAUCUCAGGGGUGCUGUUCACUCGAUUAGGUUACUAUCGAUGGGCAAUCUGGUCCGGCUGGGCUCUGGUAGCCUUGGCGAUCGGUCUGAUGGCCCUAAUUGACCAAUACAUGCCAGCCCACCACUGGGCAUUCAUAUUCGUCACUUUAGGUAUCGGCAAUGGUUUCGUGUUGACAUCGUUAAAUUUCGCCGUCCAGGCCCACGCCACAGAGACCCAUGACGGCAAGGCCGCAGGGAUGUACACAUUCUUCCGGUCGCUAGGUAUGUCCAUCGGAGUGGCAGUAGCCGGCACGUUUUUCCAGAAUAGGCUGCGGACCCAUCUGGUUGAGCGACAUCUGCCUGGAAGCGUGGCACAUGCGGCACCAGAGUUCGCUCUCAAGCUUCGGCAAUCGGGCUGGGAUCCUGCGAAGAGGGAGAGCUAUAUUAUCGCUUUUACACAUUCGUUCCGGGAUUUGUGGCUGUUCUUUAUGGCCGUGGCUAUCGUUGCACUUGUUUUAUCACUGCUUAUUCAACAUGCUACACUUGAUCGAGAGCUGCAGUCUGACCAUGUCAUGGUGGACCGUCCUUCUGAAGCGGACAAUGCUAUGAAGGAGUCCUAG